AUGAAGGAAAUAAUAGUGGUGUCAUACCCGCAGACUGUUUCGCCCACUGAAAUGGCGGCUGCUACCUCCGAGCUAACACCCUCGCUGAGUGCUGGGAGCUGUGAGUCCGUCGAGGAUAAAACCAAUACCGAAGGUGACGCCCAAAGCAAUGCGGAAUCAGUCGGCUGCAAGGAGCCGAAAAUGGUGGAGCUGAAGCCGGAGGCCGGUGAGGUGGCGGAGCAGGCCGCAAGCGAGGCGCCGCCGACUGACGCUUCAGAGGCGGCCAACCCGGAAGAGUUAUUGGCUAUCGGAGAUACGGAGUCACCAUCUGAGGAGGUGCUGUCCGAGCCCCAUCAGAACUUGGCGGAUGACAACGCCGAACGCGUCAGCUGCGACGCGGCAAAAGGUACUAAAGAUGAGCCCGAAGAGGAGAGUCGGUGUUCUGGUAUGGAGGAAUGCGACAGGAGUAAAGUGAGUUGCGAGGACGGCGACAAACUGAGCGGGGGAGACACGGCCCCGGACGACAAGAGGCGGCCGAGUGUGGAGAUUUCGUCCUCCGACGGCGAACCGCUGAGCCGUAUGGACUCUGAAGAUAGCAUAAGCAGCACCUUGAUGGAGAUGGAGAGCACCAUGUCGAGUGGGCGUUCCACCCCAGCUAUGAUGAACGGACAGAGCAGCGCCAACUCAUCCGCUGUGAAGACCGUGGCUUACUCCUGCUGCUGGGACCUUUGUCUUCAGUACUUCAAUUCCAGCCCUGACCUCGCUGAACAUAUCAGGGGCGUCCAUGUGGACGGACAAAGGGGAGGGGUGUUUGUGUGUUUGUGGAAGGGUUGCAAGGUAUACAACACUCCAUCUACGAGUCAGAGUUGGCUUCAGAGACACAUGCUGACCCACAGUGGAGACAAGCCCUUCAAGUGUGUUGUCGGUGGCUGCACUGCAAGCUUUGCAUCGCAGGGGGGAUUGGCUCGUCAUGUCCCCAGCCACUUUAGCCAGCAAAGCUCUUCCAAAAUGUCCAGCCAAGCUAAACUCAAGGAGGAGUCUCCCUCCAAGGCUGGUCUCAACAAGAGAAAGAAGCUCAAGAACAAACGCAGGUGCUCCCUACCUAGGCCCCAUGACUUCUUUGAUGCUCAAACCAUGGAUGCUAUCCGUCAUAGAGCCAUCUGUCUCAACCUCGCUACACAUAUUGAAAGCGUGGGCAAUGGCCACAGUGUGGUCUUUAACAGCACAGUACUUGCCAAAAGGAAAGAGGGCUCAGGAAAAGUGAAGGUUCUCUUGCACUGGACACCUGAAGACAUCCUGCCUGACGUGUGGGUGAACGAAACAGAGAGAUCACAGAUGAAGACCAAAGUGGUGCACUUAUCCCAGUUGCCGCAGGAAACCGCCAUCCUGCUGGACCCAAACAUAUACAGGUGA